UCAGUCUUCAUGGAGUAACUGCUUGAACGAUACUAAGAAUUAGAGAAACGCAAUAAUGAAGAAUUAGAACAUGACAAGUCGAUAACUCAUUUAUUGUAUAUAGAAGGAUUUAAGUGGGAUGAUUUAGAUAAAAUAAAGAAAAUUAAUAAAAUUUCACAAGCUAAGGUAGAAAAGAGAAUAACUUUAGUUUAAGAUGUAAUAAUAAAAAAAUAGAUUAGUUUGGGUUAUUGAGAAGAGAUGUUGAGCCACAUUCAACAGAGAAUGAGUAUUGCAAAAAGUUGCUUAAAGACAUUGAUAUGCAUAUAAAUUCGAUCAUGUUUGAGAUUGACAAAUUGGAGUAGUUGAAGCAAAAAUCACAACGUUUCUUGAGACUUCAAAGUUAACCCAAUAUAAAGCCAGAGACUGCUCCAACUGACAUAAUGACUCAAACCGGAGGUUUAUUGUCGAGUACAAGUGAUGGGUAGACUAGGAUGUACAAAAGCAGUUUUCAAUUUUAUCGAGCUUAAAGAGAUCAAUAGAUUCAAUCACACAACCAGAAAUGGAUAGAGAAGCAAUACAGCAUUUAAAAAAAAUUAAUUGAAGACGAGAAGGAGUUUUAGAAGUUCCGUUUUGAGAUUGAAGUAAAGUAAAUGAAGGCUGAAAUGAAUUUGGAGGAGUAUUAGUAAUGGUAAGCUCGAUAGUUGAAGGAAUAGGAGGAGUUGAAUUCAAAGAGAUUGUAAUUGCAUAAGGAUAGGAUGCUUAAGGAUCAAUAAUAAAGAUAGGCAAUAUUGGAGGAGAAAAUGCAGAGAAAGGAAAAACAGUUGAAAAAGUAGAUGUCAUUAUUGCAGGAUUUUCAUGAGGAGUAGAAACAAUAAAAGGAGGAGCACUUUUUAAAGAUUCUUUAGAAAUCAAUGGGUGCUUUGAAUGACAAGGACAAAUUUAAUUAAUACUAGAAAGAGUAAUCUGAAAAAAAAGAAUUGGAAAACUUAAGGAAAUUGAAGUAUAUAGAGGAAUCUAAAUAGUGGACAAAGUAAUAGUUGUAAAAAUAAGCAGAAUUAAAGUAAUAGAAAAUAGAAAGAGCAAAUGUAAGAGAUUAUCAGUUUAUAAUUAUAGCAAAUAUUAGCCACUUAGGAUUAUUAAAGACGAGAGAAAUUUGAUGAGAAAGAGAAGAAGAAAUUAAAUUAUAUGGAAAAGUGCAAAAAGACAUUUUCGGAAUAUUAGCAUAUGAUAAAUAAAGGAAAGGAGGAUAAAAUGCACAAUUUUUAGAUUGUAAUUUAAGGGUGAUAUGUUAAAUAGAAUAAAGCUAUAGAGGAUGCCAGUCGAGAGUAAUUGAUAAAGUAUCAGUUUGAGAGGAGAUCUAAUAGUUAGGCUUAGGCUCAGAGAUUGAAGGAGAGACGUUUAAAGAUAUUCUAAGAAGAGAAGGCAGGAGAGCAUUUAAUUAAAUAGUUAGAGAUUAAUCAAAGAUUAAAUUAAUUAGAGUGGGAACAGGAGUUAAAAAGAAGAAAACAGCAGAUUUUGGAGGACGAAUAAAGAUAGCGAUAAUUGAUGAUUGAGUAUAAUGAUAGUUUUAGAUUGUAGAAAUGAUGCGAGAGAGACUAUGAGGGAAAGGGAGAAGAAUACUAGGAAACUAGAGAUAGAGAAGGAGUUGAGAGAAAAGGAAAUGAAGACACUCAAGUAUUAGAAGGUUUGAAUAAUUG